AGAAGCCUGCCUGCUCAUACGCUUUUGCUGUCACGGUUUGUGCGAUUUUGGCCCUGCUGCAGAUGAUGGAACCGGUAAAGGCCGAGGGUAAAUACACCAUUGUGGGUCCCGGAACUAUCCACUCCCACCGUGAUUACAAUGUGGCUGUGGCUGUUCACCAGACCAAGGAGCCUGUCACCCUGAAAGUGGGCAUCACUGGACCCUCCUACAACGAAACCCAGACCUUAGAGUUUGUCAAUUCCGAUGAGUUCAAACAGAUCACCUUUAAAUUGCCUCCCCUGGAGUCGGGUGACUACAAUCUUACGGCCGAGGGCGUCAAGGGACUGGAAUUCAAGAACUCCACCAAACUGUCAUGGGAGAAUUUCAAGCCGUACAUUAAGAUCCAGACCGACAAGGGCAAGUACAAGCCCGGCGAUACGAUCAAUUACCGUGUGAUCUUCCUCAACGAGAAUUUGCUGCCAGAUACGGCGGAGGAUGAGGUUGUGGUGUGGUUUGAGGACUCCAAGAGGAAUCGCAUUAAGCAGGAGAAGCACAUCAAGAUCACCGGUGGUGUUUACUCUGGCAAGUUUGAGCUUUCUGAGUUCGCCACAUUGGGCUCGUGGUCCCUACAGGUUCAGAAUGGUGAGCAGAAGACAGGCAAUGGCGGUCGUAGGCCCUUCGGAAGAUUUGGUCAUUUCUGGCGUCAGUCGGAUGAACGCGUCAACUUCGAGGUGGAGAAGUACGUACUGCCCAAGUACUCCGUUAAAAUGGAUGCCACGCAGCAGGUCUCAGUGCGAGAUGGUGAAUUUAAUGUUGUCCUUAAGGCCAACUACACUUAUGGCAAGCCAGUAAAUGGUAAAGUUUUGGUAAAUGUUCAUCUGGAUGAGACGAGCACUUGGGAGAAUGUUGAUGGCAAGACCGUUCGUACAGACUUCCCCGGACAUGCGGUUAUUGGAACCGCUGACAUGGUCGGUGGAAAGGCUAAACUAACCCUGGAUCUCAAGGAUUUCGCUGGUUAUCUGCCACACAAGACAUCAUCUUCAUAUGCCCAGAUAACGGCAACCGUGGAGGAAGAUUUCACCGGCGUGAAACUCAACGAAACGGGCGGUGUCCAACUGUAUCCAUAUCGUUAUGAGAUGUCCUGCACAGACUAUUCCACUUGCUUCUCUUUCAAGCCCGACCAGGAACAGGAUAUAUCCUUUAAGAUAACAUUUGUCGACGGAACCCUGGUCACAGACACCAAGUCUGUGGUGAAGGCCAAGUUCACUGAGGGAAUCCGGCGCAAUUACGGCUUUUACGGCUAUGGAAAUGAGCCACCGCAUCUGGAACUGCCAAAGAUUGAAAAUAAAACUUUCGUGUUUGAAAGCCAUUUGAAUGAGUCCAGUGUGGCGCCUUUCAAGGUGACUCUUCCCGACUUGCCGGACAUCGAAAACUUCACCCGUUUCUACAGCAUUGAGUUGGAGUUCGUUGACGAGAAGCGCGAACUCUACACUACCUAUCCCUAUAGGGAGCCAAAGAAGAUCGAAAAUCCCAGCACUGACGAGGAAGAAAAGGAGUGGUUUAAGGCCGAAGUACAGAGGCCGAAGGACAGCUGGAACCUAAAGAUCGGUCAGGAGUAUCAAGUGACUCUCAACUCCAGUCGUCCACUUAAAUAUUUUGUUUACAACAUCGUUGGACGCGGUAACAUCCUGGAAACGAAGCGCGUCGACUUGUCUGAACCUAAAAACACCAUCAACGUCACCUUGAAGCCCACUUUCCUAACAGCUCCUAAUGGUCGUGUUUACUUCUACUACGUGGAUGAGACUGGAGAAUUCCGAUACGCCGAGGAAACGUUCAGCGUGGAGGUGGAAUUGCAGAACAAGAUCGAAAUCACGGGUCCUGAGGAGGUGAAACCGGGUGCGGAAGUUGAACUCCAGAUCAAGACGCCACCAAAGUCCUUCGUUGGACUGCUGGCCGUCGAUCAGAGUGUGCUCCUGCUGGGCAACAAUAACGACUUGAACAAGGACUCCUUUAACUGGCGUCUGAACGGUUAUGACACCACCACUCCCUGGCAGGGUGGUUACUCCUACUUCCCUGGGGAACGAAGCGGUGUGGUGACUAUGACCAAUGCCAAUUUCUUCUAUAAUCGCACCGCACCCGUCCAUCACUUACAAGUCGCUGGAUUCUGGAGGCGCGUGUUCGCCAUGAGGAAAACAUCAGUUCAACAAGAUACUGCAGUGUUGCAUUCUACAACCGCCGCCCUAGGAGCUGCUGCACCUGAAGCCGUGGGAUUCUCUGGCGCGGGAGCAUCAGCAGCUCCAACUGUACGAAAGAAUUUUGCAGAGACCUGGAUUUUCGCCGACAUUGAGAGCACGGAGGAGGAGGUCUUUAAGUGGGUGAAGACAAUUCCCGAUACUAUCACCAACUGGGUGGUCACCGGCUUUUCGCUAAAUCCGGUCAAGGGAUUAGGUGUGACAGAUGAUAAACUCAACAUCAAGACAUUCCAGCCGUUCUUCGUCUCCGUUCGGUUGCCCUUCUCCGUGAAACGAGGUGAGGUGAUCAAUGUGCCAGCUUUGGUCUUCAACUAUCUGCCCAAGACCCUGGAUGUGGAACUCACUCUGGAUAACGAGGAUGCUGAAUACGACUUCGUUGAUGCCUCAAAUGAGGUAAUUGGUGAUCAAAAGCGAUCCCAGAAAAUCCGUGUGGGUGCCAACGAAGCCGCCGGAGCCUCAUUCUUGAUCAGACCAAAGGUUAUUGGCAAUAUUCUACUAAAAUUCACGGCGAUCUCUCCUUUAGCCGGCGAUGCUGUGCACAAGGCACUCAAGGUAAUCCCCGAAGGUAUCACCCAAUACCAGAAUAGGGCAUUCUUUAUCAAUCUCAAGGAUACCGGUGAGUUCAAGAACAGCUUUGAGUUACAAGUACCAGAGGACGUGGUUCCCGAUUCGGAGCGCGUCGAAUUCGGAGUAGUAGGCGAUCUCCUCGGUCCGGUGGUCAAGAACUUGGAGAACCUUCUGCGUUUGCCCAGCGGUUGUGGGGAACAGACCAUGUCCAAGUUAGUGCCCAACUAUCUGGUCAGGGAUUACCUGAAGAGCAUCAAGAAACUUACACCUGCCUUGGACACCCGCAUCAAGAGGAAUCUGCAGGAGGGCUAUCAGAACAUGCUGCACUAUCGCCAUGAGGACGGAAGCUUCAGUUCCUUUGGACCCUACAAGUGGAGGGAUGAUGAACCUGAACGCAAUGGAUCCACCUGGCUGACUGCCUAUGUCCUGCGCUCGUUUAGUAAGAUCAAGGAUAUCGUUGACCUGGAUGAACAGAUGUUGACAAAGGGGUAUGAGUUCCUACUCAGCCGCCAAGCGGAAAAUGGAAGCUUUACGGAGAAGGGAGAGUACUUCUAUGGCUCUCAGCGAUCUCCACUGACCCUCACCGCAAACUCCCUGUUGGCAUUGCUCGAGGAGGAGAAACCCAACCAGGCUGCCAUUGAUAAAGCAGUGUCCUAUCUGAGCUCCAAUACAGCGGAAUCGGAGGAACUUUUGCCCAAAUCCAUUGCCAUCUAUGCCCUGCAAAAGGCCAAGGCCCCAGAAGCUGCCAAGCAGGUGGCAAACCUCAAAUCCCUGGCCAAACAGGAGGAUGAUCGCACUUGGUGGACCGAGGAUCUGGAUAAGCUGCGCACCUCGAAGAACUGCGGACGUUGGUGGUGUUGGGUUUGGAGUCAGGAUGUGGAGAUCACCUCCUAUGCCCUGCUUUCCCUUCUGGAAUCCGACGAGGAGACGGCUGAUACAGUUCUGAACACGGUUCGCUGGCUGGUGGCUCAACGUAAUAGUUUCGGAGGAUUCGCCUCUACCCAGGACACAGUUGUGGGUCUCACGGCUCUGAUCAAGUUUGCUGAAAAGUCUGGCUACGAGGCAGCCAAAUGGGACGUGACUGUUUCCAAUAAGGGCAAACGGGAAAAGACCGAAAAGUUAACCACAUCGGAGGAGAAUGAUUUGCUGCUCCAGACAGUCGAAUUCCCGCAAGGUACCAAAUCUCUGGAGUUCGAGGCCAAGGGCACUGGCGCUGCUCUAGUCCAGAUUAGCUACCAGUACAACGUGGUGGAGAAGGAACCAAAGCAAAGUUUCAAAGUUGACACCACUGUGUUGUCAGAAACAACGCCAGCUAAACUGGAGCUUUCCGUUUGCGUGGACUAUGUAGAAGAGGGCAAGUCCAAGGAAUCCAACAUGGCCAUCCUGGAGGUUUCCCUGCCCUCGGGUUAUACUGCCGAUGAGGAAAGCUUCAAGGACAUCCGAGAGAUCGAACGUGUUCGGUUGGUUGAGACCAAGAACGGUGACUCCGUAGUGGUUGUCUACUUUGAGAAUCUGGUCAAGAACGAAAACAAAUGCAUUCCCAUUGAAGCCUUCAGAACACAUGCCGUGGCCAACCAGAAGCCAUCCUCUGUGGUCCUCUACGAUUACUAUGACACGAACAAGAAGGCCACCGAAUACUACUCCAUCGACUCGAAGCUCUGCGAUAUUUGCGAAGGAGAGGAUUGUAAGAUUAAGUGCUGAAUUGUCCAAACCAAAAUGAAACCAUAAUACUUUCUGUCUAACAUCAAAUAAAAUAUUGUGAUUAUAAUGUAUAUAAAA